UUCGUGGCACACAAUUUGAAUUUGCCUUCGCUUAGCUUCAUCUGCCAACUCUGCGUCUUAUUUACAACAAUAGCAGGAGCAGCGAAUUCGAGCAGAGGAAACGAUGAAUAAUGAGACUCGCACAUUGUUUGAGAGAGUUGCGAAAAAGAUGGGCUGGGAUGAUGAGGGAGGACUGGACACAGCAGAAAAAAAGCUGAUAAGCUCAAUUGGCAAGACUCGUCAUCCUGCUACAAGCAGUUUUGGAUCUCUGGCUCCAACAGCCUCUCCGGUCCAGCUGGCCCUCUGCAACAGUGAAGAUGAUCCAGAGAAGGAGAACCAGUACUCUAAGAGCAACGAUUACAGGAACAAGUAUUUGAUCGAGUCCAGUGAUGACGACUUCGACCAAUUUCUUGUGGAAAGAGCUACGCCACAAGCAAAACCUUCCUCGCUAAAAGUAUGUAGUGCUGUAAAGAAAGACAGUUCAAUUGUCCUUGUAGUGAGCUCAGACGAUGACGGCAGUUUCGAAACAUUUCUGCAAAGAGUGAAAACCCCAAAAGCCAAGCCAAAGACAAUUGCAGAGAGUGGGAGUGAAGAUAGCCUCAAAAACUUCAUAGUGGAUAACCUCUCAUCAGAUGAUGACUUUAUUCAGCCCAAAUCAUCUGUUAAAGUGCCUAAGAAGAGCUAUACUCCAGCAGUCCUCCACCCCCCGAGGAGGCCGCUGUCUCAGUGGGCCUCCCCAGUCUUUGUGAGUGACAGUGAUGAUGAUGAGGAAAAUAUUGUGGUCAAGAGCACUUGGAAGAAUCGUCACUCAAAACCUAAGCCCACACCAAAGGCUGACCAGAAAGAAUCUCUGCGGUUUGAUGAAGACGACAGUUCCCCAUUCCUGCUUCCCCCUCCCAUCCAUUCUCCUUUUUUUCUUCUUCCCCACAAAACUCAAACAUCACUGGCCUCUACGAAACGCACUCUCUCAGCCCCUCCCAAGAUGGAUGAUUCGUCCAGUUCUGAAGAGGAGUUCAUAUCCUUACUGGAGAGACUGAAAAAGAAAAACAAGUUCCCUGGCACGUCCUUCUCACCAAGAAGAACUAAUGAAAACAACAAAGAACCUCCUGUGCCAGCCCCUUCUGUAAAGGGAUUCUCAACACCAGUCUCCAAACCAUUAAUGGAAACACCUCUGCAGACAAAGACAUCAGGAAAACCCGCCAUUUUGAAGCCCAUGGUUAGUCAGACUGAGCCUAGACACGGACCCACCAGCAGGGUAGCACUGUGUAGGACCCCAGGGUGCUUCCUACAGACCUUAUCAAACCCUGGCUCCAGCUAUGGCCGCAAUUUUAAGCAGAAUAAGGAAGAACUCACCAGUAGACUUUACCUGCUGUACAAUUCCAGUGUAUUUGACACUAAGCUCCCCGUCAAUAUGUCAGUGACUUGGAAUAAGAAGUUGCGUAAAACUGCCGGUUACUGCAUCACGGGGCAGGAGCGAGGUGGAGGGAACCGCUACGCCCGCAUUGAACUGUCAGAAAAAGUCUGUGAUUCUGCAGAUCGCCUCAGGGACACGCUGAUCCAUGAGAUGUGUCACGCUGCAACCUGGCUGAUUAACGGUGUGAGGGACGGGCAUGGAAACUUCUGGAAGCUGUAUGCUCGCAAGUCCACAGUGGCCCACCCUGAGCUGCCCAUGGUCACUCGCUGUCACAGUUAUGACAUCAAGUACAAGUUCCAUUACCAGUGCACCCGCUGCAAGAAUAUGAUCGGACGUCACUCCAAGUCUCUGGACACUCAGAAGUUUGCGUGUGCCCUCUGCACGGGACAGCUCGUCUUACUGACGUCGGCCAAGCAGCGUCCUCCCACACCUUUUGCCAACUUCGUCAAAGAGAACUUUGGGACCGUGCGACAGGAGCUCACGGGACAAAGUCAUGGCGAAGUGAUGCGCAAACUUAGUGUUGACUUUGCUUCGACUAAACUCAGUCAGAGCUAAGACCUCACUGCUCGUUGUACUGUCAUUACAGAAUGAGCCUCACAACAUCCGGAAGAUGAAAUACCUCAGUCAACUGAGUGAGCAGCUGUGACUAUUUAUAUUGUGUUUUUUUCUCUCUCAAUGUUCAUGAAAUCUUCUAUUCAUCACAUUGGAAGGUAUACCUCCUGUUAUCACUGAUAUAAACUGAAGAUCAGUUUCUUAAAUAAUUGCGUUUCUAGAGGACGGUGAAAUCAAUUUUUAUUGCAUUUUUUAAAUAAUUGACCAGUUUCAUCUUUCUGUUUAUUAAUUUUAUCAAUAAAGUUGAAAUGUGUUACCGUUCAUGAAAUGGCCAA